ACUGAAUGCAGCAUUUUGGGUGGGAAACCUUCAGUCGGAGCUAGGAUUGUCUCAGCAGCAGCUGGUUUUGCACAUGUAAGCAGAGAUAACAAAGAUUCCAUGAGCUGAAUAUUCAGCCUUGCGGCAGAAUCCGCAGUGCCUCAGCGGCACCGGAGCUGGAGGAGCCUCUGCAGCCUGCGGGGUCGGACAUCCCGAUAAGGGGGACCCCGGGAGCCUGGAACGUGGAGCCCGGAUAAGGGGGACCCUCUGCAGGAGAUGUUGGGACCAUGGACAAGAGAGACCCAUGGGUACCCCGGGGCCCUGAAACGGGGACCCUGCACAGCUGGUACCCCUGGAGCCCCUCUGACACCCACCUGGGAGCCCAGGGAAGGGAACCUCUGGGAUUGCCAGGAGCCCCUGCAGCCCAGAGAGAGGGGACACCAAUACACACUGGAGCUGCAGAAGGCCAGGCAGGAGGGACCCCUGAACCCCAAAGUGGAGAGACCAGAGCGGGGAACUCCUGGGUGAAUGGUUGUUUGGUGAAUCCUGGUGGUUUGGGUUUUUAUGAGGGUGGCUGAACCUUGCUGGUCUGGAGGUUUUUAUGGACACCAGACACCUGGUGACUUCUGGAGAUGGAAUUGGGCAGGAGGAACACCCAAGCCAACACACUCACACCUUGUUUAUUCCCCAGAAAAGGAAUUUCAGUUCCCAAAGUUUGACCAGAUGGAGGAGGAGACCAUGAGGAAGAUGAAGAUGCCCUGGCAGCCCCAGGCAGGAGCUGAGGAUGGAGAGCAGGGAGGACAAAUCCCCACAGCAGAACCUCAUGGAAGAGGCUGUUUUGAGCAACUCCACAGCGCAGGAAUCCAAUGGGGAGGAAAAGUCUUGGAGAACCCGCAUGAGGAGGGGCUGCAAACACAGAUCUCGGGGAUCUGAGGAGGAAAGUUCCACCCAGGGCCAGGAAGGCGGCCAGAGCUCAGAGCUGGGGGUCCAUGAGCAGCUUCAGGUUGGGGAGAAGCCCCACAAGUGCUCGGAAUGUGGGAAGAGCUUCAGCAAGAGAUCCUACCUGGUCCGCCAUUGGAGAAUCCACACAGAGGUUCAGCCAUAUGAGUGUCCCGAGUGUGGGAAGAGCUUCAGGAGGAGCUGCUACCUGCCUGUCCACCUGCGGAUCCACACUGGAGAGAGACCCUACAAGUGUGAUAAAUGCAGGAGUAGGUUUCAGACCAGUUCUCAUCUCCGCCAGCACCAGCGCAUUCACUCAGAUGAGAGACCCUUCCGCUGCCCUGACUGCAGGAAGGGCUUCAAUGACAAUUCCACCCUCGUCAGGCACCGCCGCAUCCACAGCGGAGAGGGGCCUGGGGCGAGGCCGUACGUGUGUGAUCAAUGCUCGAAGGCAUUUAAGACCAGCUCCCAUCUCCUGCUUCACCUGCGCACUCACACAGACGAGAGGCCCUUCCGCUGCCCCGACUGCGGGAAGGGCUUCCAGCGCAACACCCACCUUACCAGCCACCGGCACAUCCACACCGGGGAGACGCCCUAUGAGUGUCCCGAGUGUGGGAAGAGAUUCCGGCAAAGCUCAGCCGUGACCCACCAUCAACGGAGGCACCACUAAGGGCAGCCCUGUGAGUGCCCUGAGUGCAGGAAGAGCUUCCUGCGCUGCUCCAGCUCCAUCCCCUAUGGGAGGUCCACCCUGGAUGAUCCCCAGUGACCCCCAGUGAUCUGUGGUGCCAGUGAUCCCUGUUGGGAAGACACCUGGCUGGGGGGCUCCACAUCCUCCUGGCUGCCUGUGGGUACCUGCACACAUCCAUGGACCAACAUCCAAAAUCCAUUUUGUAGAGCUGAUUUGUCCACUCCUGACCCCAGAAAAAAAUCACUUUUUGCCUCUUCUGGUGGCCUUAACAACACUGGAUAGCCUUGGAAGUCUUCUCCAACAUAAAUCCAUCGUUUUAAUUCUCUCUGGCCCACAGAUAUCUUCCACAGCCCAAUUUGGAGGGACUGGGGCAAA